AUAUAUAAAUAUAUAAGGGCAUUGGUGAUGCUAAACCUCGUUUCUCAUACAAUCGCUUCUUCUUCAGCCGCAUCUUCUUCUUCUUCUUCUCAUCUCAUUCACAAUCUCCUCUCUCUCUCUCUCUCUCUCUCUCUGCAUUCUCCCUUCUCCUCCAGGAUCUGUGCUAGUUCUCCGGUGGCAGAUUCCAAGGUGAAGGUAUCACGUGGAAGUUUCUUUCAUGUUUGAACAGGCUAUCAUCCAUUUGGGAGCAAUUGAGUUGCUUGGAGACAGUUUUUCUUGUUCUAGGAAAAAGAACAGGCCGUUGCGGAGAAGACUUGGCUGUAUGCAUCGUGUGCCUUAUCAGGAACAUACUGAGCUCUGUCAUUUCUGUUUGCUGCCUACCGAAAUUGCUGGAGAGUCUGUGUGACCUUAAUAGCAAAUCAACAUUGCGGCUGGAUAUAUUGAGUUUCCACAGUUGCUGCUGCCUGUGACAUCUAGUUUUGUCAAGACUUGCUGCUGUCAUCAUGGCGUUACAGAACAUUGGUGCUGGUAAUCGCGACGAUGCCUUCUAUAGGUAUAAGAUGCCUAGAAUGAUUACCAAAAUUGAGGGUAGAGGUAACGGCAUCAAAACAAAUGUUGUCAACAUGGUUGAUAUAGCAAAGGCAUUGGCGAGGCCAGCGGCUUACACUACCAAGUAUUUCGGUUGUGAACUUGGAGCCCAGUCGAAAUUUGAUGAGAAGACUGGAACUUCUCAUGUCAAUGGUGCACAUGAUACUGCAAAACUUGCUGGCCUCCUUGAGAAUUUCAUUAAGAAAUAUGUCCAAUGCUAUGGCUGUGGAAAUCCUGAGACUGAGAUAUUGAUUACUAAGAGUCAAAUGAUCCAGCUGAAAUGUGCUGCUUGUGGUUUUGUGUCUGAUGUGGAUAUGAGAGACAAGCUAACUACCUUCAUCAUAAAGAACCCUCCUGAGAGUAAGAAGGGAUCCAAAGACAAGAAGGCCAUGAGAAGAGCUGAGAAGGAGAGACUGAAAGAAGGUGAAGCAGCUGAUGAGGAGCUCAAAAAACUGAAGAAAGAGGUUAAGAAGAAAGGCACUUCGUCUUCUAAGGAUGGCACCACCAAAUCUAGCUCUUCAAGGAAAAAGGCAAAUGGCUCUGAUGAGGACCGUACAUCUCCUACUCAUAGUCAAAUUGAUGAGAAGGAUGUUGCUCAUGAGGAAGACGAAGAAGAUGAUGAUGAUGAUGUUCAGUGGCUAGCUGAUACAUCAGCAGAGGCUGCUCGUAAACGUAUCCAAGAGCAGUUAAGUGCUGUGACAGCUGAUAUGGUCAUGCUCACCACAAAUGAACCAGAGAAGGAGAAAGUAGCAACUAAGUUAAGUGAUAACGCUGAGAAUGGUAGCUCCACAAAUGGUAAAUCUGAGAAAGCAGCAACUAAGGUAAAUGACACUUCUGAGAAUGGUGGCUCCAUGCACUAUAGCAAACUGGUUGGGGAAGUCAAAGCAGAUUUGAAGAAAGGUGCUACUGCAAAAGAAUUGCUGACCCAUCUGGCAACACUUCCUGCAUCUGCUCAAGAAAAAAUGAGUGCUCUGUAUGAAGCCCUGUUUGAGGGCACUGAGAAAGGGUUCGCGAAAGUAGCAAUUAAGAGGAAGAGCUACCUUGCUGCUGCAGUUUCUCAGGAGGAGGGUAUGCAGUUGCCAUUGCUGCAUGCAAUUGAGGAAUUUUCCUGCAAGUCCACUUCCAAUGCGUUGAAGGAGGUUGCCCUGGUUCUGAAGGCGCUCUACGAUGCUGAUGUUUUGGAGGAAGAGCACAUAGUUCAGUGGUACCAGAAAGGGCUCAAAGGCGAUAACAAGGACUCUCAGAUUUGGAAGAAUGUUAAGCCUUUUGUUGACUGGCUUCAGAGUGCAGAGUCAGAAUCAGAGGAAGAGUAAUGUGCCCAGAUUGUUGUUUACUUCUGUUACUUCGAUGUGUUGUUUACUUCUGUUGCUUUGAUGUGUCUUAUUUUGAAUAAGGGUCGGUCCAACCCAUAGUGUUGUUGAGCUUUUGUUUUGAACUUCGAAUUAUGUUGUCUGCUUGUGUUUCUGCACUCUUCUCAAAUUAUUUUCCGAGACUCUUUUCUUAGUUUUCUCUGGUGUUGUUGAACUAUGUUGUAGAACUUGAAAUUAUGAUGUGUGCUUGUGCUUGUGUUUGUAGACUCGUUUAAAUAUUAUGUGACCUUUUUCUUC